UCCUAACACACCUGUGGACUACAAACUGAUUUUUUUCUUUUUUUUUUAAAAUUUUUUUCCCCACCCAGUUUGGGUUGAAUAUAAACAUGGCCCCUAGGUCUGGACCCAAUAAAAAUGGAUAUGGCUCAUCUGGAGAGGACCACUGGGGCCCUAAGGGGAACAGGAAGGCAAGGAAACCCUUGGUGGAGAAGAAGAGACGGGCCAGAAUCAACGAGAGCUUGCAGGAGCUUCGGUCCCUGCUGGCCGACACUGACGCUAAGAUGGAAAACGCUGAAGUGCUUGAGAUGACUGUGAGACAAGUUGAACAUGUCAUCCAAAACAGAGUUCGAGAGCCUGAUACCUUGAGUGUGGAGGCCAGCGAGAGGUUUGCAGCCGGGUACAUCCAGUGCAUGCAUGAAGUUCACAUGUACGUGUCCAGCUGUCCGGGCUUCGACGCCACGGUGGCCGCGGAGCUGCUGAACCACCUUCUGGAAUGCAUGCCUCUGAAUGAAGACCACCUCCAGGACGUGCUCGUGGACUUGAUGUCGGACGCAUUGGACGGCAGGUUCGCGAACGGCGUCACCUCUGUCUUCUCCCCUUCCACCACAUGCAGCGACGAGCUCUCUUCUGACCUGGAGGACACUGACGUAGAACAGGUCCGCAGUUCCCAUCAUGCCUCGGAGCACCAGGCUGUCCAAAACGUGUCCACGACUGAAUAUGUCAAAUCUGUGUGGAGACCAUGGUAG